CAGGUGACUCUCUCUGCUCUUCACUGGAUUUUAGCUGCUGAUUUUGUUCAUUCCAUUUCAUUCUGAGGUCCUAACACGGGGCGUUUCACAGCAUACAGCAUGUUGGCCAGCCUCGAACCAAUCCGCUACCUGCAAGAACUUCAUCCUCAGGAUCCUUCAAGCGGAGGAAUGGACCUGGACGUGAUAGACGAGUAUCUUAAAGAACAGACCAGACAAAACAUCCAGACCCGGACAGAGGAAAGUCUUCUAGCAGCAGAAAACAGUUGGUCGUGUCCGUUUGCCUACGAGUGGCCGUACAGAGGGACGGUGGGGGCAGAAAACACAUGCUGUGAAACAGAGCAGAGUCAACAACAGCAGGUGUGGAUGAAUCUAUCCAGCUAUAAUGAGUUGGGAGGACAGUACCAGUUUGAUCCCCCUCCCUGCAGUGACACAGAUUCACACUCCUCCAGUUCGGGGUAUCAGGAGUUCCCUCCGUCUCCUCCCUUGCACUCACACACCACUUCUCUCUCGGCAGGUAAAAGGAAGGAGCGUCUAUUCCAGUUCCUGUAUGAGAUGCUGCAGACGCCUCACAUGCGCAGUUGCAUCUGGUGGGUUCAGUCGGCAAAUGGUACAUUUCAGUUCUCGUCACAAAACAAAGAGAAGCUCGCCGAGAUGUGGGGCAAGCGCAAGGGCAACCGGAAAACCAUGACGUAUCAGAAGAUGGCACGUGCUUUGCGUAACUACUCACGCACCGGAGAGAUCUAUAAAGUGAAGCGCAAACUCACGUAUCAGUUUACCGAGAGAACGCUCAGGGGGCUUCACAACAACGCACAGAAAUUCACCCAAAUCUAACUGUAGCAACAACAGAAUAAAAAUCUAAUCCCUUUGAUGUGGGACAACAACCUGAAUAAAUACUGAGUAUUUGUAGUGAAUUUGAGACUCAUAAUUUUGCUCAAAUUAUCCAUAUUGAUCGAAUCUAAAAAAAAAAUGACAGAAAUAUUUUGUGAUUCAAAGGAAUUGUUUUUUCUUCACCCUCAGCAUAAAUACAAAUCUCACAAAACACAAUAAAUAAUCGUAACUUUAAACAAGGACGCGUUUACAGUGUACCUUAAAAAAACGAAUAGUACCUGAGCAGUACCUUUUUUCUGACAGUGUUUGUAAAUCUGAGGAUUGUCAUGUUGCUUUUAGCUACGUUCUAGUAGUGCAACUGUAUAGCAGUAUAGUAGAAAGUAAAAAGUGACUUCUUUAUUUUUUUUUUUUUCAUUAAAAUUGUAAUGUUUCUACUUUUGGGUUUCGGUCAAUCGCAUGUAAAUCUGAGAAUUGUUGUCCAAAUGCACCGUUUAGUUUGUAAUGAAAUAAAUAUCAUUUCAAUAAUAA